GGGAGGACAAUGGGAAGAAGCAGAACGUAGCGAUGCCGGAUCCUGUUCCCGGUCCAAAGGCGCAGCUGUGCCUGUUGAUGGGUUUGCUUUCGGGGCGCUGAGGGAGGACCUCGAGGACUGGCGCUUGCAGGAACAGUUAAACGAAGCGUUUAAUUACGAAGUGAGAAAGAUGAAAUUGGCACAUAAGAGAAGUGAACACCCCACGUCCUUACUGGGAAGCAAGUCUCCAGUGUAUAUCUUAACCUUCGCUUUGACCAGGCAGCUUGGCUCAAUCAUGUCUGGAGUCUCUUUCGUGCGUUCCAGGACAUCUCUGGACCCAGACUCAGAAGGCUCUGAAGCAACUUACAGGCAAAGGCUGGCAUCUCGGCAAAUAGGAGAUGUGUUUACAGCUCCCUCAACCAGGUCUGGACCAGAGACAGCAAAGUCAGAUUCAGCUCAAGAAGGAAAUUUGUUGUUUGACAAAAACCCAUUUAAAAUCCCAUCAGACAUUGAUAUCUUCUUAUUACGAGACAAGCAGAGAGAAAAGGCAAAACUUGAGCGAGAGCAAAAGAAGUCCCUGAAGGUCCAUGAGAAGAUGACUUCUGCCACUCUGCAGAGUGCCAAACAGUCUGGGUUCAAGAAGGCCAUCCAGAUGGAAGAAGAAGCUGAGGACAAAGAGUUGGCAGCAGAAGCCGAACGACUGAAAGCUCUCCGAGAAAGCAUUUCGUGGAAGAUAGCUGUCACAAAAGAUCAGGUUGUAGAAAGAGAGACCAUUCAUGAUUACAUCAAUCAGAAACGGCAAAUGUUCUUGCUGCAGUAUGCUGUAGCUGUAAAAAAAGAUGAAAUUCAGAAACUGGAGAAUUUGGCCAUUCAAGAAGAGGCAAAGCUGGAGAAAGCUGAGGAAGACCUAGAGAAAGAUGCUGCCAUGUUUGAUGAGUUCUUGAAGGAGAAUGACCGAAACUCUGCUCAAGCUCUGAAAAUUGCUGAAAAAGAAACAAAGGCCAAGUUGGAGAAAAUAGUUGAGAUCCGAGAAUUGACAGCCCAAAUGAUGAACAUACAAAGUGAGAUAGCCAGGUUUGAGGACACUUUGCAGGAAUAUGUGGUAUUCAAGGAUUUCCUCUACCAGCUGUCCCCCAAAGAGUGGCGAGAGGAUUAUGAAAGGAGACGGCUGAAGGGAAAGGUGGCGAAAAUCAUUCCUGAUCCUUCAGAAGACAGAUCUACAGUGGCAUCAUCAAAAGGUCGAGAUCUCAAAGAGAAGGGCAGACCACGAGCGAUGAGUGUAGCAAAACGUUCCAGUUUUGACCUGUCGGGAGUAGACGUUAAUUCCUUGAGGAGCCCUAGUCUAACUUUGGGCAGAAAGGACUCCAUCAAGACGAGUCAGAGGUCUUCUAGGUCAUUUGCCCGAUCCCAGCAAAACAGAAGACUGAGUGUUCCAGUUCAGGCAUCAGACGAAAAGAUUAGUCCAGAAUUAUCUGAUGAUGAAGAUGAUAUGGAGCCUGAAUUAUACUUUACAGACCCACAUCAACUGCUGAAUCUGUUCACUGAGCUGGAAGAGCAGAACCUGUCCCUUAUUCAGAAUUCUCAAGAGACUGAGGAAACCCUAGAUGAAAUUCGACACACUUUGGCUACUACGCGAAAUAAAAUGGAUCGUGAAAUAGAGCAGUUGAAGCUACUUACGGUCACUCUCCAAACCAACAUCAUUAAAGAGGAAGAGACAGCAGCAGACCUUGAACUCAAAGCACGAGUCUUUUCUUUUGGAGAAUACAAAGCAGAAGUUCAGGUACGUGUGUGUACAUCAAGUCAAGUCCCCCCGGCAAAAAUAGAACAAGCCGAGAAGGCCAAAGAGAAAGAACGACGGAUGAGGCUGAGAGAAGAAAAGAUAAGACAGCAGAGACAACUGCAGGAAGAGAGGUUGCAGCGGGCUCUGGCAAGAGCACAAGCUGAUAUUAAGAAAAAGAGUGGCAGAAGACUGGUUUUCCGCUCUGAACCCCCUGCCUUUAAAGAGAAGGAAGAUGAGGAUCAAGGGCUUAUUGACAAAGAAAAAGAAGAACUGCUCUACUACUUCACGUAGCAGCCCAAACCUGUAAGAAAUUAUGACGCAUGCGGAAAGUGACAAAACUGAAUAGGAAAAAAAAAGCAUUGCUAACCCAAAAUUCAAAUAAGAGCAUCUCUUAUUACCAACUUGAAUGGAUAUCAAGAAAACUGCCAAGAAUGCUGCCUAUUCAUGAG